AUGGCCGCAGACCGAGAUGGCGACCAUGUCCCUAAGCAUCAAGCGAAAAUGCUACCAGGUAGCGCUUCUGACAAGAUUAUAGCAGCCGCAUCACCAGCUUCCAAGUCUGCAUCUUCACCCGCCCAAAAGAAGCAACCUGAUGGAGACGACCCACUCAACCUCAAUUCCCGAGAGAAGACCGUUAAGGAGCAGCGCUUGGUGGAUUGGGCCAUUAUCAAAAAGCUCAUCCAAUAUGUGUGGCCCAAAGGUGACUUUGGUACCAAGCAACGCGUCGUUCUCGCUCUUGCACUCCUCAUUGGCGGAAAACUGCUCAAUGUUCAGGUGCCCUUUUUCUUCAAAACCAUCGUCGAUCGUCUCAACGAUGUCGUCAAUGCACCACUCGAUAUGUCCAAUCCUAACACCGUGUGGGUCGUUGCCGGAAGUGCCGUUCUUGGAUACGGUCUUGCUCGUGUAGGUGCGGCCGCCUUUUCCGAGCUACGAAACGCUGUGUUUGCCAACGUGGCACAGAGGUCGAUUCGCCGCGUUGCCAAGUCGGUCUUCACCCACUUGCUGGCACUAGAUCUUGGCUGGCAUUUGACACGCCAGACCGGUGGUCUGACUCGGGCGAUCGAUAGAGGUACUAAAGGUAUCUCGUUCCUGCUCACCAGCAUUGUUUUCCACAUAGUGCCCACAGCGCUCGAGAUCUCGAUGGUCUGCGGUAUCCUAUCGUACAAAUGCGGUCCAAGUUUUGCCGCGGUGACAGCGAUCACCAUGGCUGCAUAUGCUUGGUUCACCAUCCGCACCACUUCCUGGCGUACACGUUUCCGCAAAGAGGCCAACGCAGCUGACAACCGCGCCGCAACUACGUCGGUCGACAGUCUGCUCAACUACGAAGCCGUCAAGUACUUUAACAAUGAAAAGCACGAGAUCGCCAAGUACGAUGCCGCGCUCGCUGACUACGAAAAGAGCUCGAUCAAGGUCGCUACGUCGCUGGCCGCGCUCAACUCGGGUCAGAAUGCCAUCUUCAGCACCUCGCUUACCGUGAUGAUGCUGCUGGCAGCGCAGGGUGUCACGAAUGGGACCAUGACGGUCGGAGAUUUGGUCAUGGUCAAUCAACUCGUCUUCCAGCUCUCCUUGCCGCUCAACUUCUUGGGUACCGUGUAUCGAGAGCUAAGGCAGAGCUUGGUGGAUAUGGAGACCAUGUUCAAUUUGGAAAACGUCAACGUUGCUGUCAAGGAGGACAAGAAUGCUCCUCCGUUGAAGGUGAGUGGUGGAGAAAUCAGGUUCGAGAAUGUCACAUUUGGGUACCAUCCCGAUCGACCGAUCUUCCGGAAUAUCUCGUUCACCGUUCCGGCCGGAUACAAGACUGCUUUCGUGGGCCCAUCCGGGUGCGGGAAGAGUACGAUUUUCCGUCUGCUGUUCAGGUUCUACGAACCGCAAUCAGGCAAGAUCUACAUCGAUGGACAGGACAUUACCAAGGUUUCUCUCGAAUCGCUUCGACGGCACAUCGGAGUUGUACCGCAAGACACGCCGCUGUUCAACGACGACAUCCGACACAACAUUCGCUAUGGUCGAUUGGACGCCUCGGACGAAGACGUCGAAAAGGCUGCACGUGCGGCAAAGGUGGACCAGAUCGUACUCAAUCUUCCCGAAGGCUAUAGUACUAAAGUCGGAGAACGAGGUCUGAUGAUCAGUGGAGGUGAGAAGCAACGUCUAGCGGUUGCGAGGUUGUUGCUCAAGAACCCCUCGGUGCUGUUUUUCGACGAAGCCACUUCCGCAUUGGACUCGUACACCGAGACCGAGCUGAUGCGAAACAUCCAUGCUACGCUGCUAGCGGAUAAGAAGACAGCGAUCUUCGUUGCGCAUAGAUUGAGGACAAUUAGCGAUAGCGAUUUCAUCAUUGUCCUUCAGGGCGGUGGUGUCAAGGAACAGGGCACGCAUGAUCAACUCAUGGAUAGCAAGGGCUUGUAUUGGGACCUGUGGCAGGCUCAAUCCACCGUAGGCGUCGGUCAUGGUGCAGGCGCCAACGAGCACCUGCAAGACUUGGAGCGCGAUCAAAAUUCAUCCACAACACCAAUGUAG